AUGGAUUAUCAAUACGAUGAGAAUUUUGAUUCCCACUUCCCGCAGGAUUUGGCAUUACUGUCGGGGCAGGGGGCAGAUUCACAUGGGACCCACAAUGGAUCAUUAGAAGGCUCCAAUGGACAAACUGGUAUGGAAGAGGUCAAUGCGGCUGUUUCUUUCCCUAAUAGCUCUUCUACGUCACCUCAAGAAGAUAGAAAAUCGGCAACUAUUACUGCGAACAGUGUUAUUAGUAAUAGUGAUAAUAGUAGCAGCAAACCAAAGAGAACCAGAGCUAGAGGUGAAGCUCUUGACAUUUUAAAAAGAGAGUUUGAAACAAAUCCAAAUCCUACAUCACAGAGAAGGAAAAAGCUGUCAGAAAUGACUGGAUUACCUGAGAAAAACGUUAGGAUAUGGUUCCAGAACAGAAGAGCUAAACUGAGGAAAGACGAUAGAGCUGGAGUUAGAGAUGGUAGUGGUGGACUGACGGGUGAUAAUACUGGUGACAGUAAUGCAUUCUAUUCGUAUGAUAAUGGAGAAAAUUCCACGCUUUUUGAUCAGAUCCCUUUAAAUAUUAAUAACAACUACUACUUCAUUGAUAUAUGUUCCAUAACGGUUGGUAGUUGGAAUAGAAUGAAAAGUGGUGCGCUUAGAAAAUCUAAUUGGUCUACAGUUAAAGAUUUGUCUAACCUUUCACCAAUUUCAAUCAACGAAAUUAUGUCGAACGCUACAGAUUUAAUGGUACUCAUAUCCAAGAAGAAUUUUGAGAUUAAUUAUUUCUUUAGUGCUAUGGCAAACAAUACAAAGAUUUUAUUCCGCAUUUUUUUUCCAAUCAACUCAGUUGUUAAUUGUUCAUUAAGUUUAGAGGCCAAUGAUAUUAUAGAGCCAAGGAAUUCAGAUCAGCAGGAUGACGAAAAUGGUGAGUCCUCUCUAGGUGAUGAUAACAGAUCUUCCAAUGAAGAUAGUGAAAAAUUGGGUGAAUUGAAAAUAAAUGUUUCAAGACCGCCUAAUUUUGCGGUAUAUUUUCUAGAGGCGCCAGAUGAAGCUACUAAUAAUCAAUGGUCCAUUUGUGAAGAUUUUUCGGAAGGGCGACAAGUCAAUGAUGCCUUUAUUGGUGGAUCCAAUUUACCACAUGCAUUGAAAGGUUUACAAAAUUCUUUGAGAUUUAUGAAUUCUUUGAUUUUAGAUUAUAACAGCACAAAUCAAAUUAUACCCCCACCACCUCCACAGCCGUUUGUAAUGGAUUCGAACCCAUUAUCCAUGCAUCAUCCAUCUGCUACUGCGCCAACCCCUUUCUUUGAUCAAUAUGACGAUACGUCAAAUGAUGUUUUGGGCUUAGAAAAGGAUCCAACAACUACUAUUAAGGACGCGGGAAGUCAUAAUAGCAGUAAUAAUAAUAUGAAUACGAGUAAUGAUGGUUCAAAUUUGCUAUCUUUGUCCCAUGAUAAUCAGUUACAGGGAAUGCCGGAUUUUUUCAAAAGUCCACCAGAAUUAACUGACGAUACCAGAUGGCUUUAA